CUCUCUUUUACUCUGACUGUUCUGAACAGUUAGACUCUGUCACCUUGAUCUGGAAUAACUAGUCCAAUACUUACCGAAGGAUACAACAUUGUUCAAUCAGGGAAACAACAUGGUACCAGAUGAUGGGAUGAGAAAAGCAGGACUCUAAAUGACACAGAACUGAACACAGAGCAAAAAGACCUGAAGUAAAAGGAGGAAAAAGACUGGAGCGGUAACAGGGGGGUCUGUUACGCAAUGAGUGAGAGCACAUUGAUUCUCUGGACAAGCAGGAAGACACCCUCUGUUUCCUCGGCGUCUAGGCCUGUUCAGGCUUGCUGACAGACUGUUUCCACCAUGAAGAUGACUGGGACCGUGUUGGACCUGGACUCCUCAGACUACAGCCCUAGCCUGGACCCCUCCUACACCCUGCUGGAGUUUGACAACCUGAGGGUGUUCCCCGUAGAGAGCGCUAUGGCAGAGCCGCUGCAGCCGGAGCCGUCCCCUCAGCCGAGCCACAGCCACGGGAGCUUGUGUUCCAUCUGCGCGGACAGGGCCACGGGGAAGCACUACGGCGCUUCCAGCUGCGACGGCUGCAAGGGCUUCUUCAGGAGGAGCGUGCGCAAGAACCACGCCUACACCUGCAGGUUCAGCAGGCAGUGUGUGGUGGACAAAGACAAGAGAAACCAGUGUCGUUACUGCAGACUGCGGAAGUGUUUCAGAGCCGGCAUGAGGAAGGAAGCUGUUCAGAACGAGCGCGACCGCAUCAGCAGCCGCAGGGUCGAGGGGCAGGGGGGGGGCACCCUGUCCAUCAGCAUGCUGCUGCAGGCCGAGGCUGCCUGUGGCCACCAGUUCUCAGCCCUGACCUCACCUAUGAGCUGUGACAUCAACACCAAGAAGAUGGCCCAGGUGGGGGACGUGUGUGAGUCCAUGAAGCAGCAGCUCCUCCUGCUGGUGGAGUGGGCGAAGCGCAUCCCCGACUUCUGCAGCCUCCCCAUGGACGACAGGGUAGCUCUGUUGCGAGCACACUCUGCAGAACACCUCAUCCUGGGGGUAGCUCGACGCUCCCUGGCCUACGAUGACAUCAUCCUCCUAGGUAAUGACUUUGUGAUUCCGGUGAACAGUCCGGAGGUGGAAAUUUCCAGAGUAGCAGCGCGCAUCCUGGAGGAGUUGGUCAGGCCUCUUCGAGAGCUCAACAUCACAGACAGCGAGUUCGCCUGCCUCAGAACCAUCGUGUUCUUCGCCCCAGACUGCCCGGGGCUGGAAAGCCCCCAGGCAGUGCGUCAGCUGCGUUUCCAGGUGCAGGUGCUCCUGGACGAGGCCACCUGUGAACAGAGGGGGCGCUUCGGGGAGCUGCUCCUCAUGCUGCCCCCCCUGCAGAGCGUGGCCUGGCACAUGGUGGAGACUCUGCAGCUGGCCCGACUCCUGGGGGAGGCCAGGGUGGACAGCCUGCUGCAGGAGAUGCUGCUGGGGGAGGGCGCGGUCGUGGGGCAUGGCUCUCAUACAGGCUCUCCUCCUGAUGCGCUGGUGUUCCCACCUGCCCCGGCCCCAGCCCCCACCCUGAGCCAAGACAUGCUACGGAUACACACCGAGUUGCCGAGCAACUUCACCUCCGUCAUCUUACCUGUUCCCACAUCUCUGCCAAUGGUUCCCCUGGUGCCCACGCAGCCUGGCACGGAGGUGUACAGCCUCAGGGAGGGAGUAGACAUGCCCACGGAGUCUGCCCAUGGCAUGUCCAUGGCAACGGUCCACUCCUGCCUCUGAGAACCAGACCGAGCAAGCGGAGCAACUCAGCCAGAGAGCAGCCACACACAGACGGACGGACGGACACCCAGUUUAUACACACACUCAUAUACGCACACACACACAUAUACACGAACACACCCACACACAAAUGCAGACACACGCACACAUGAAUCACAUACCGGACAUUGCACGUGUACAUACAUAUGUAUAUGUGUGUCAUUUACUGUAUGAACUUACUUUGCUACUUGUGUGCUUGCUACUGCCCACGCAUGGUGACUUCAGCCUAUGAACAGAGAGGUAGAGACUGAUCCAUAGACAUUACCAACCCGAGAAGGACUUUGAACCUGCUAACUGAUCCCUUCUUAUCCACAUCAUUUGUCCAAGGCACACAGAGAAUGUGAUGCAUGCUCUCAAUCCUUGCUCAGGAACGUAUUUUGAUGUUAAACAUUCACUCACAAUUGACAGCCAUGUAAAGCAAUGGUGACUAAUCUUUAUGAGUUGUGUGUCAAAUGAACAAAGUGUCAGUUUUGUAAAACAUGACAACUGU